GCCCACGCCACUCCGCGCCGCCGGGGAGGGAGCGGCUGGAGCCAGCGGCGGCCGCUCGCGGCGGAGGUGAACCACAGCGGCCGCGUCGUCCUGGCCACGGCCCGGCCCUGCUCCGGCGUGCGCGUCGCUGCGGAGACCCUCGGCCGGGUGGGACCACGCCAUGGCCCCCACCGACGCCCCGUCCGCCCUGGCGCUCAGGGCCGUGGGCCCCGCCGCCACCCCGUACGGCGCCUUCUGCAAGGGGCUGUCCCGCACUCUGCUCGCCUUCUUCGAGCUGGCCUGGCAGCUGCGCAUGAACUUCCCGUACUUCUACAUCGCGGGCUCCGUGAUCCUCAACAUCCGCUUGCAGGUACACAUUUAGGGCGGCGUCUGAGCUGCGGGCGGCCCGCAAGAUGGCCGCUCCCCGGGCCGCCGCGCAGCGCCGCCGGGAUGCGCGAGAAGAAGGAGCAGUCUCACGAGAGCGCGCUCACGCGCGGCCUGCUCCCUCUCCCGGGACGUGGAGGUGGGGAAGCCGGUUGCGUCUGUGUUCCUCCAGAAGCAGAGAAAUUUAAGACCCGAGGGAGUAUCUAAGGAACACCAGUAAACUGGCGGAUCUUAGGCCACGACCAAUGGCACAGGAUGCAUUAUGAGAAAGGAGGGUUACGUUUUUCAGGAACACAGAUUUACAUCAAACUCUACGUUUUGAAUUCAUUUUUUGAGACUAUUGGACUGUGAGCUAGACAUUGAUUAAGAGGCCUGUUCCAUCAGGACCGUGAUCUGGAAGCAUGUAUCUCCAACUCCCACAAGAGGAUAUAUUGAAACUGUGCAUCAAAGCCAAACCACUGGAAAAGCAUACGCGGAAUGCCAAAUAUGACAGCAGAUUUUUGAACAGAUAGUGAAAGUGUGUGAAGAUGUCCCUGUCAAAGAAACAUUGGAUCUAAAGAAAAGAAAGCCCAGAUGUGGCACGGGAAUUGACUACUAUUCCCUGAUAGUAAUGCAAAUGGCCAAAUUAAAAGGGAAUACUUAACUUUAGUUACAGAAUAAAAUGCAGAUGCUACAAAACUUGUGGAAAUGACGUUUGGCAGGUGGAGGGACAAGCAAGUAAAAUGGAAUGCCGGUGUGCUUGUGGAGCGGGAGGGUAAAAUAUAUAUUCAUGUAUAUGGAGGGGGUAGCAGCAUGAAGCAAACAGGAAAUUCCCAAAGAUGGAAUGUUCUGAAUGUCUGAAAAAGAGCAAAUAUCUGGUGUAUGUGAAUGUGCGCUAGAGAAUUUUCCAAGUCUUGGGUGAACUAGUAAUUGUGCUUUAUUUUGAAGUUAAAACUGAAGCCAUUACAAACCCCAGGAAAAAUAAAAUAUUCAUAAAUCAUGCUGCCAUACCUCCUGUGAAUAAUAUUGUACCUGUAAUAUAAAUUGUUACUUAACAAGGAAUAAUUAUAUAACAUUGGACAGCUGAAAAAGCUGAAAAAGAUGUGUGUAUAAUGAUGGCAUAUACAUCAAGAUCAGAUGGACUUGAGAUUUGGCUUUGUUACAGUGUUGCCCUAGCAUGCAGGAGGCUCUAAGUUUGGUUGCCAGCGCUAAAAAAAAAAAAAAAAAAAGUCAGAUAUAUAAAAAGCAAAAUGAAGUGAUUAGAAAAAUCAAUGCAGAGACAUCAAAGAGCUAAAAACGGUUAUUUAUGGAGAAAAGAAAUGGGGAUAGGUAUAAGAAAAGUAAGGGUUCCUUUUUUUGUUACUAGUGCGACAGUAUUAUGUGAUUUAUUUUUAAUCAUGUAUAUGAUAUUCUUCCAGUAAAAUCUAAUUUAAAAUACUUUGUUUUUAAAAGCC